AUGAAUAAUGACAAAAUAUUAUUCAGACAUGAGCAACCGCAUGGUCCAGGCGAGGUGCAACUUGCUUGGCAAACAGGAGGUUCUGGCGCACUUUUGGCAACAACCGGUGCAGACGGUACUGUUGCUAUUUAUAACAGAAAAGGACAACUACACGAGAGGAUUAUCUUAAAUGGGACAUGUACAGGAUUUGGCUGGGAUAGCGAUGGAGAUUUGCUUGGAAUGAUCACACUAAAUUCUUUGCAGGUAACAGUAUGGAAUGUACAUACUGCCAAAAAACAAACGCUCGAUUUAAACUUGCGUGAUAAUCCAACAUGCAUGGUUUGGGCGAAACGCGAUCCGAUAUUGGCUAUCGCUACUUUGAGAGGAAAUUUAUCAUUAUAUAAUUAUGCGACCACAAAGAGGGUGUCGGUGAUAGGCAAGCAUAGCAAAAGAGUAACCUGCGGUUGUUGGAGUUCCGAAGGUUUGCUGGCUUUGGCCGGAGAAGACCGCAGUCUUUCUGUGAGCACAGUGGAUGGGGACACACUACGCGUGGUGCCAUUACGAGACACCCCUUACGACGUCACCUUCGCUGAUAUGAAGACCGAUGAACGCACUCAAGGAGAAAAUACAAUAAGUGUAAUAUUAGGAAAGAAAACUUUAUUCCUGUAUAAUUUACUCGAUGCUGAAAAUCCUAUCGAGUUAGGUUUCCAACAAAAAUACGGCCCCCUUCAAAUACACAAGUGGUUUGGCGACGGCUAUAUCUUAUUGGGCUUUGGUGCAGGACAUAUAGUUGCCAUAUCUACGCAUAUGCAAGAAGUCGGUCAGGAAUUAUUCAUGGUAAAAAGCCAUAAAGGUUUGUUGGAUAUGUCGCUUGCACCCCUCACAAGCGAGGUUGCAUCAUGUGGAGAUAACAAUGUUAAAAUCCAUUCCACAUCUAAUCUUCACGAAACUCUCUCAAUUAUAUCUCCUGCUGAUGAUAGCAUGGUAUACCAUGUAGCUUGGAAUGUUGAAGGAUCAUUACUGGCUCUGACUACAGCCCGUGGUGCUAUCCAAGUCCACGUAGCAAGAUUGCCGCCAAUGGGAGCAGCAUGUGCACCAGCCAUUGCAAUCCUCAGCAGUAUCGCGCAAGUUACAGUGUACCAUCACUAUGGAACUCAUGGACCAUUUGAUCCUUUCACAUUACCUUUGGAAAUAGAACCAUCAUUCAUUGCUUUGAGUAACCGGUAUCUAGCUGUAGCAAUGAAUAACAGAAUUUGGUUGUAUCAAUUGCCAUCCAAACAGGAUGAUAAUACCAUCCUGCUUGGAGAUAGAGAACUGAUGAGUAAUAUAAAGAAAUUAUAUAUAAACAAUAAUUAUAUGGCGGUGAUACAUGGAGGAAAGUUAUCGUUGCAAAUGUUAGUGCCGGUGACAGAAGCCAAUACAGAAAGAGAAGCUAUGUCUUUUCCUGACGUCCAUAUUCAAGAUGAAGAAGUUACUUGUGCAGAUCUCACGCAAUAUUUUCUCCUUUACGGAACAGAUAUGGGGCACAUAAUCCUAUUUUCCAUAAAUGAUUGGACAUUAGUGCGGGAGUAUCGUCAUGAUAUGGGUAUCAAAUCUGUUCACAGCGAUCCUACUGGGACUUGGAUCAUCGUGCAAGACGACAGAGGAGAUGGUUACGUAUAUAAUCCGGCUAGUGAAAAAAUAGUAUCGAUACCAGAUUUUCCGUCUGGAUGUAAAGGUGCUUUAUGGGAUCAAGCAUUUUCUACCCGGCACAUAUUUGUCGUACAUACCCAAACUAAUAUACAUUUAUUUGUGUACAUCGCACAAGCCGUCAAUGGAACUCGAGCAGAAAAGAUCCACACAGUUCCAAAAUCUCACGACGAAUUGCCUCUGCAACUAUCAGACGGCGAAAUCACUUAUUUGAUUUCCGGGGGUAAAAUAACAACAUUGGAUAUUGCUGAUGCUGGCACUGAUACAUCUAAUGAAAAAAUGCCUGAAAUUAAUAACGUAAUUAUCGGCACAAAUCAAUUAUACUCAGAAACUAUGUUAGAUAGAUUAAUAGCCUUAAAAAAACUAAACGACGCAUGGAACGUUUGUGAGCACUUGAAUAAAGAUGAAUGCUGGGAAAAGCUGGGAAAGGCAGCGAUUGAGCAUUUAAAUAUAGAAUUUGCGAUAAGCGUAUAUCGACAUUUAAGAGACGUAUCAAUGGUGUGGUCACUAGAAAAAAUAAGUUCAAUCGAGGAACUUAAAUUGCUAUGCGGACACUGCGCUAUGAUACUUGGGUUGAUAGAGGAAGCCUGCAGAUAUUUUCAACAAUCGAGUCAACCACAAGAAGCUUUAUGGUUGCGGAGAGACCUGCUACAAUGGCAGCCUGCACUAGAACUUGCAAAAAGAGUUGAUGUCACCGAAUUUCCAUUCAUAGCACGGGAAUAUGCUGCUCAACUAGAAUUUACGGGUAAUUUUCCAGAAGCUUUACAGCACUUUAAUGAAGGCCUAAUAGAUGAAAAAAGCUGCGGUGAUUACAUCGCCAGAAGUCAUAAUUACAACGGCAUUAAAGAUGUUGAUGAACAUAAUGCAUUAUGUAUGAACGGCAUUGCAAGAAAUAGUAUAAGAUGUGGAGAUAUAAAAAAAGGGUUAUCCAUUGCAACGAGAAGCAACAACAAACAACUCGCUAAAGAAUGUGCAGACAUUUUGCUAGAACUCAAGCAAUUCAGUGAAGCAGCCGAAAUGUAUGAAAGAGCUGAUUUAUGGGAUCAAGCUGCUGCAAUAUAUAUUCAACUAAAUUCAUGGAAUAAAGUGACGAUGCUUCUGGACAAAGUUAUAUCUCCCAAGAUACAUUUACAGUAUGCACAAGCCAAAGAAAAAGCUGCACUUUAUGAGGAUGCUGCUACAGCAUAUGCGGCUGCUAAAGACUAUACCUCUGUUAUAAGAAUACAACUAGAGCAUUUGAAUAAUCCACAUGCUGCCGUCGAAUUAUUGGAACAGAAUCCUUCGAAUGAAGGAGCACAGAUGGUAGCUAGGUUUUAUCAACGUAUUAAUGAUCAUGAAUCAGCUAUGAAAUUUUUAGUGAUAUCUGGUUGCAAUACAGAAGCCUAUGAAUUAGCCCGACGCCAUGGUCUACUACAAGAUCUCGGGCAACUGCUACUGGCUGGUUCUGGCACCAGCACAGACUUUAGGCAGCUAGCCGAACAUUUUGAGGCCCAGGCUUCAAGUCUUCUUGCUGGCAAAUACUAUUUCUAUGCAAGAGAUUUUUCAAAGGCUUUAAAGCAUUUGCUAAAAGCUUCUGCUUUAAGUUCAGCAGAAAAUGAAGCUUUAUCUUUAGCUGUCGAUACUGUAGCUUCAUCAAAUGAUGAAAAAUUAGUUGCACAUUUAAUAGAAUUUUUGUUAGGAGAAACUGAUGGCAUACCCAAGGAUCCUAAGUACUUAUUCAGAUUAUACAUGGCCAGGAAACAGUUCAAAGAAUCAGCAAAAGCAGCAGUGAUAAUUGCAAACCAAGAGCAGAUUAACGGCAACUAUAGAAGUGCUCAUGACGUCCUAUUCUCUAUGUACCAGGAGUUACGCCACAAUGAUAUACCAGUUCCAUUAGAUAUGAGAAAUAGUCUCAAUCUUUUGCAUUCAUAUAUUUUAGUAAGGCUACAUGUGAAGAGGGGUGAUCAUGAAAAGGCAGCCAGACUAUUGCUGCGAGUAGCUUCAAAUAUAUCAAAAUUUCCACAACAUGUAGUUCCAAUAUUAACAUCUACAGUAAUAGAAUGCCACAGAUCUGGUUUGAAACAGUCAGCAUUUUCUUACGCCGCUACACUAAUGAGACCUGAGUACCGAUCCCAGAUUGAUCCAAAAUAUGCGAAAAAAAUCGAAACCAUAGUGCGUAAAACACGAGGAACUAAAGACUCUGAAUUAAAUACAGAUGAACAAGAAAAUAGAUCUCCUUGCCCAUAUUGUAAUUUUAAUUUACCGGACAUGGAAGUGAACUGUACUCAGUGCAAAAUGAGUAUACCAUUCUGUAUUGCAACUGGCAAACAUGUUAUUAAAGAUGAUUUAACCACAUGUCCUGAAUGUGAUUUUCCAGCAAUUAGAAGUGAAUUUAUAAAGAUUUUGGAAAGUGAAACACAAUGUCCAAUGUGCUCAGAAAAUAUUACAGUGCAAAGACUGAUGCAAAUUGAUGACCCCAGUUCUUAUUUAAAUACUAAUAAUUAA